GAGGGAAACCUUAGUUUUUAACUGUGCUAUGGAGUAGAAGCAGGAGGUUUUCAACCUAGUGACAGUUACAGAGCAGCACCUACCCCCCCUCCUCCUUUCCCCACCUGCAAACUCGUUUGCUUGUGCUGAAUAUUUAGUGUAAUUACAUCUCAGCUUUGAGGGCUCCUGUGGCAAAUACCCGGAUUAAAAGGCUGUGAAAAUACCUGUGUUCAGUCAUGAAGGCGACUCUCAUCUUCCUACUGCUUGCACAAGUUUCCUGGGCUGGUCCAUUUCAACAGAGAGGCUUAUUCGAUUUCAUGCUGGAAGAUGAGGCUUCGGGGAUAGGCCCAGAAGAACACAGUCCUGUCCCUGACCUGCCAGACUUGGACCUCCUGGGGCCUGUGUGUCCCUUCCGUUGCCAAUGCCAUCUGAGAGUGGUGCAGUGCUCUGAUUUGGGUUUGGACAAGGUGCCCAGAGAUCUUCCCCCUGACACAACACUGUUGGACCUGCAGAACAAUAAAAUAACAGAAAUCAAAGAUGGAGACUUCAAGAACCUGAAGAAUCUGCAUACAUUGAUUCUCGUCAACAACAAGAUUAGCAAAUUCAGUCCAGGAGCAUUCACACCUCUGGUGAAAUUGGAACGACUUUAUCUGUCCAAGAAUCAUCUGAAGGAAUUACCAGAAAAGAUGCCCAAAACUCUCCAAGAGCUUCGCGCCCAUGAGAAUGAGAUCAGCAAAGUGCGGAAAGCGGUGUUCAAUGGACUGAACCAGAUGAUUGUCAUAGAACUGGGCACCAACCCACUGAAGAGCUCUGGAAUUGAAAAUGGAGCCUUCCAGGGAAUGAAGAGGCUCUCCUACAUCCGCAUUGCUGACACCAACAUAACCACCAUUCCUCAAGGUCUUCCUCCUUCCCUUACUGAAUUGCAUCUUGAUGGCAACAAAAUCACCAAAGUAGAUGCAUCCAGCCUGAAAGGACUGAGUAAUUUGGCUAAGCUGGGGCUGAGUUUCAACAGCAUCUCUGCUGUGGACAAUGGCACUCUGGCCAAUAUUCCCCACCUGAGAGAGCUUCAUUUGGACAACAACAAGCUCAUCAGAGUUCCAGGAGGGCUGGCAGAGCACAAGUACAUACAGGUCGUAUACCUUCAUAACAACAACAUCUCAGCGGUGGGCUCAAAUGACUUCUGCCCACCUGGAUACAACACCAAAAAGGCUUCUUAUUCAGGUGUGAGUCUUUUCAGCAACCCUGUCCAGUACUGGGAGAUCCAGCCAUCCACCUUCCGGUGUGUCUACAUGCGCUCUGCCAUUCAGCUUGGAAACUACAAGUAAUUCUCAAGAAGCCUUGUGUUUAUAACAUGGCAAAAAUCCUGUUAACGUUGUUGCUUACACACACACACACACGCACACACACACAUACACACACUAAAAAAAAAAUUGAAAGCUAAGAUACUAGAAAGUUAACUGUAUUGAGGAUGUGUUUCCCACAUGACCUAUUAAGUGUCAAAUCAAAUACACAGUUUAAAUAAUUGCCUGCAAUAAAAAUAUUUUGCCUGCUA